AUGGCCUCUGCUCUCCGUACCGCUCUCAAAAAGUCUGCUUCUCCUAUCGCGCGGUCCUCUGCGGCCCGCUUCGCGUCCACUGCUGCAAAGCAGCCCACGCUCAAGGAGAGACUAGCUGAGAUUAUUCCCGCCGCACAAGAGCAUGUCAAGUCUGUCCGCGCUGAGCACGGAAAGAAAUCCUUCGGUCCCGUUGUGGUUGACCAGCUCUUCGGUGGUAUGAGGGGUCUCCCAGCUCUCAUCUGGGAGGGUUCCGUGCUCGACCCAGAGGAGGGUAUUCGUUUCCGUGGCAAGACUAUUCCCGAGAUUCAGGAGCUCCUCCCGAAGGCCCCCGGUGGGUCCGAGCCUCUUCCUGAAGGUCUCUUCUGGCUUCUCGUCACCGGCGAAAUCCCCACCUCCGAGCAGGUCGCCGAGCUCUCCAAGGACUGGGCUGCCCGUGCCGCCAUCCCAGAGUUCGUUGAGGAGAUUCUCGACAGGUGCCCACCUACGCUCCACCCCAUGAGCCAGUUCUCCCUCGCCGUGACCGCUCUUAACCACAAUUCAGCAUUCGCCAAGGCCUACGCUGACGGUAUCAGCAAGAAGGAGUAUUGGGGACCUGUCUUCGAGGACUCAAUGGACCUUAUUGCCAAACUCCCCAACAUUGCUGGCCGCAUCUACCGCAAUGUCUAUGGCCAGGGCAAGCUCCCCUCGAUUGACCUCCAGAAGGACUACUCUGCCAACCUUGCUACCCUCCUCGGCUUUGGCGACAACGAAGCCUUCGUCGAACUCAUGCGUCUCUACAUCACCAUCCACUCAGACCACGAAGGUGGUAACGUCUCCGCCCACACUGGAAAGCUUGUCGGCUCCGCCCUCUCAGACCCCUUCCUCUCCUACGCCGCCGCUCUGAACGGUCUCGCCGGUCCCCUCCACGGCCUUGCUAACCAGGAGGUGCUCGUCUGGUUGACCAAGAUGCAGUCGAAGAUCGGUGAGGACGCUUCGGAUGAGGCCGUCAAGGAAUACGUCUGGUCAACAUUGAAGGGUGGCCAGGUCGUUCCCGGUUACGGCCACGCCGUCCUCAGGAAGACCGACCCCCGCUACGUCGCCCAGAGGGAGUUCGCGCUGAAGCACUUGCCCGAUGACAAGCUCUUCAAGCUCGUUGGCCAGGUCUACAACCUCGUCCCCGGUAUCCUGCUCGAGGCCGGUAAGGCGAAGAACCCAUGGCCCAACGUUGAUGCCCACUCCGGUGCUCUCCUUACCUACUACGGUCUCAAGGAGAUGAACUACUACACCGUUCUCUUCGGUGUUUCGCGUGCAUUCGGUGUUGCUGCUCAGUUGAUCUGGGACCGUGCUCUUGGUGCUCCCCUCGAGCGUCCCAAGUCUUACUCUACUGCCGCCAUCGAGCAGAUUUUCAAGGACAAGAACUAA